GUGAUACAGCUGGUUCUUGUGGUGAUCCAGGUAUCCCAGGUCAUGGAUCCAGAGAAGAAAACAAUUUUAAAAUUAAAAGCACGGUACAUUUCAGCUGUGAUAUUGGAUAUAUCCUUCAUGGCUCAGAAGAAAGAACGUGUAUGGCAAAUGGAAGUUGGACAGGAAGACAGCCUGAGUGCAAAGCUGUGCAGUGUGGUAAUCCAGGAACAACUGCUAAUGGAAAAGUAUUUCGUAUUGAUGGCACUACAUUCUCUAAUUCAGUAAUUUAUUCAUGCAUGGAAGGAUACAUACUUUCUGGAUCAUCUGUAAGACAGUGCACCGCCAAUGGAACAUGGUCUGGAUCCUUGCCAAACUGCACAAUUAUCAGUUGCGGAGAUCCAGGAGUCCCAGCCAACGGCAUGAGAUAUGGUGAUGAUUAUGUUGUUGGACAAAACGUUACUUAUAUGUGCCAACCUGGUUAUACAAUGGAAUCAAAUAGCUCCAUAAUCCGCACUUGUACUAGCAAUGGCACAUGGAGUGGAGUAAUCCCAACAUGCAAAGCUGUUACCUGCCCAACUCCUCCGCAGAUUUCUAAUGGAAGGUUGGAAGGAACAAACUUGGACUGGGGAUUUAGCAUUAGCUAUGUCUGCUCUCCAGGAUAUGAGCUCUCUUUUCCUGCUGUUUUGACUUGUGUUGGAAAUGGAACAUGGAGUGGUGAAGUACCUCAGUGCUUGCCAAAGUUUUGCGGUGACCCUGGAGUACCUGCUCAAGGGAAAAGAGAAGGCAAAAGCUUCAUUUAUCAAUCAGAAGUCUCUUUCAGCUGCAAUCCUCCUUUUAUUUUGGUUGGCUCCAGCACCAGGAUUUGCCAAGCAGAUGGCACGUGGAGUGGUUCUUCUCCUCGAUGUAUAGAGCCUACUCGCACAGCGUGUGAAAAUCCAGGUGUCCCAAGGCACGGGUCACAAAACAACACAUUUGGCUAUCAGGUGGGAAAUGUUGUACAAUUUCAGUGUAAAAAAGGACACCUUCUCCAUGGCUCAACAACACGAACUUGCCUUCCUGAUCUUACAUGGAGUGGAAUCCAGCCAGAAUGUAUACCUCACAGCUGUAAACAACCAGAAACACCAACUCAUGCUAAUGUUGCAGGAAUGGAUCUUCCCUCUCUUGGUUAUACAUUGAUUUAUACUUGUCAGUCAGGCUUCUUCUUGGCAGGAGGAUCAGAGCAUAGAGCCUGUAGAUCUGAUGGCACAUGGACUGGGAAAGUUCCAGUCUGUGAAGCUGGUUCCAAAAUAUUAGUGAAGGACCCCAGACCAGCUUUGGGAACACCAAGUCCCAAACUAAGUG